AGGGAGCCUAUCGGUAGUCUCAAGACCCACAGCUGGCAAAGGGUAGUUGCGUGCGUGUGUGGCCCUGGUGUAUGCACCAAGAGGGACCCGUUGCCAGUGUCGGUUCGGUCAUUAAGUAGCCAGAUUCACAUGUGUGUGAGGGCAUCGAAUGUAAAAGAGAUUUCUGAACCUCUCUCAUCCCGAACCUGCUUCUCCCAUCUUCAAAUCUGAAUUCGUCUGAUUUCUCAUCCCCUUUCUGUGAGAUCCCUUCGGGGCCUUACAAUUGGUAUCAGAAGCGAAGUUGCGAUCCGAUCCGCGCUUCAAACUCCCAGAAAUUUUCCGGUAACACGGACCAAUUGGUUGGGGAUCGCCUUGGCUUUCUCCUGUAAAUCCGAAAUUGGCGUUCGGAAAAUCAAGGGGAAGUAGCGACGGCUCCCAAACUGAGCAAUCCAAACACCCAGACUCGAUAUAUCCUAGCCGGCAUGGAGGAGAUGCAGAGAUCGAUGCAAGAGUGGUUCUCCAAGGCCCUCAAUGAGAAGUUCACUGAGUUCUCGAUGGAGAUGAACAAGGUUUCGGCCGAGGUCUCGGAUCUGAGCAAGCAGAUCGUCAUAACGCAGGAGAGUGUGGAUGAAGUGCGGAAGAAGCAGGCAGCAACACCUCCGCCACCAGCGCCGACGCAACCCUUCUCCACCGCACCGCGAGAUCCCGGCCAGUCUGGUAUGGCGCGGCUGACUAACAAUGGUCAACCGAUUCUCAUCACCCCAACAGUACCGGCGUCGUCACAAGGUUUCGUCACCACGCCGAGUUCGCCAACAGACCAUCAGGAGCAUCACGUUAAGAUGCCGAAGCACGAUUUUCCCAAGUUUGGGGGAAACAAUCCACGUUUAUGGUUAGAUCUCUGUGACACAUAUUUUGCCAUGUACCAAGUUCCGAUUCAUCAAUGGGUUUGCACUGCUGUUCUGUAUCUGGAGGGCCACGCUGCAUUGUGGUGGCAAGCAUACAAACGACGCUGUGCUACGGUGGAUUGGGGUGAUUUUUCAGUGGCUGUCACCCAGGAAUUUGGCACGGAAGAAUUUGAUACCCAGAUGGCCAAGUUACUGCAAUUGCGACAAACUGGAACAGUAAUGGAGUAUCGUAUGGUUUUUGAGGCUUGUAUGUAUCAUCUGCUUUCAUUGGAUGAGACUUUGAACAACAAAUUUUUUGUUGCUCAGUUUGUGUUGGGGCUGAAGGACGAACUACGUAUGGCUGUCAGAUUACAGGCACCAACCAGUGUUACUCGAGCAGUGGCUCUCGCCAGGAUACAAGAGGAAGAGCUUGAACACCAUCAACCCAGAGGUCGUCCAAUGGCAGGCAAUAAGGUUUUGCCUCUCGCUUCCAAACCGAUAGCGGCCCAGCCCAUGGUGCAGCGUCAAGAGUGGCCUAAGCGUGCCGGCAACGAUGAGUACAACAGGGAACAACAGCUAAGGGAUUUUCGCCGUGCCAAUAACCUUUGCUAUCGUUGUGGUGAAAAGUACAGCAAGGAGCAUAAGUGCAAGCAACCACUUCAACUCCUCACGAUUCAAGUUGGUGAGUAUGGGGAGAUCUUCACUGAAGAUACAGUACAAGCUUUGGAACUGUUGGAAGAUACUGUGGUGCCACAACCAGAAUGUCACUUGAUGUUUUCUCAACAUGCUGAAGCAGGAUCCGAGGGCUCGACUACGAUGCGUUUUCGUACAUUGGUGGGAAACAAAGUUUGCUUAAUUCUGGUGGAUUCUGGAAGCUCCACGAGUUUUGUUAGUUCAGAAUUUGUGAACAGACUAAAUUUGGCAACAGUACCAGUGCAGUCAGUUUCAGUAAAGGUUGCUAAUGAGCCACAGUCCCAUGACAGUGGACUGGAUUCUGAAGUUCAUGGAAGUGCCUUCCAAUGGCCAAAUGGUGCGUCUCCAAGGUGACGUGACUUCUCCCCAGGCACAGCUAGCUGCAAUGACGGUGGAAGAAGUGGAAAAAUCAUUUAAAGGAAAUGACCUGUGGGCACUGGCUGUAGUGGACUUUGCUGAGCUUCCUUCAGAUAAUGUUACAGUGAUUGGGUCAUCUUCAGUCCCGGAUGGGCUUCCUCCAGAGCUACAGAUAUUAUUAGAUGAAUUCUCGGAUGUUUUUGAGGAUCCUAAGACUCUGCCUCCUAAUAGGCAGUAUGAUCACGCAAUUUCCCUGGAGCCAAAUGUGGCGCCUGUUAAUUCAAGGCCUUACCGAUACUCACCAUUACAAAAAGAUGAAAUUGAAAGGCAAAUUGCGGAGAUGAUCAAAGCGGGAUUGGUAGUGCCAAGCAUGAGCCCAUAUGCGUCUCCCGUUCUGCUAGUUAAAAAGAAGGAUGGGCAGUGGCGAUUUUGCGUGGAUUAUAGAAGACUCAACGCAAUUACAGUGAAAAAUAAAUUUCCAUUGCCA